CGUUUAUGAGUUGUCAGUAGUUUCGUCAGUGGUAGAGAUUUUUAGUUUUGAGGCCCAUAAAUAAUGGCCACCGAGGUCGAAGAAACGAUCAAGAGAAUCCAAGCCCACAAAGGGGUGAUGGGUGUCGUCAUCGUAAACCACGAAGGUAUACCAAUCAAAAGCUCAUUAGAUAAUGCCACUUCAGUAUUAUAUGCUGGGCUUAUUGGACAGCUUACUGAGAAGGCCAGGAAUGUGGUUCGUGAAAUGGUAAUUUAUAUUUUUUACAGUAGUUUCCUAAAUUUAGCUAAUCUCAUUUAUUAAGACUUAUCCUAUGUU